AUGCAGACGCCAGAGGGCACCAACACGAGCGCCAAUCCGGCCCCCAUCCUCAACAAUAAGUCGACUGGGCGAAGCGUUUCGUACGAUGAAAUUUACAGGGCCGCCAAGUGCAGCGUGCUAACGGACUUCUAUCGCGAGAAGCGCUAUCUUGAUCGGCGCCGCCGCAUCGCGGAGAGCGGCGAGGACGUGCAGGUGAUCCCCGUAGGUUCCGGCGAUGGCGCGAUCUCGCCGGCACUGGUGCGGCCGAGCACCUCGCGCCUGCUGAAGGAGCACAGCAGCGCCUCAUGGAGUGUUUUCUUCUACCAGUCUGGCGUGUACGGACUGACGGGUAUCAGUUCAAUUUGCACGGCAGUCGCGCUCUACCUCGGCAUCUACCAGAAUCGGCUUGUCCUACCCGUUGUACCCAUGGGUGUUGCGGUGACGUGGCGCCUGUGGGGCGUGCUCGAAAAUGUCUGGAACGAGCAGCGCUACAUCAAUAAUGCAGCGAAGAUGCGGGAGGAGCGGCAAGGCAACCCGAUGCACGCCGUUGUGAAGCGGCGCCGCAAGCUGGACGCGGCUACAAAGGAAGAGUCACCCGCCGCAGAAUUGAUGGAAUAA